AUGAUCAACUUCGGAAAGAACUAUGCAGUCCUAAAUCUGGACCUGAUGACUGUUCUCAUUGACGCAGUUCGAGAAACAGCCGAGGGACAAGCUUUCAUCUCAAACAAUUCUCGCUGGGUAGACGCUAUCCACUCGACAGCCCAACGUCCUAUCAACAUCUUCACCAGUUUAUUUUUCGAGCAGGGAUAUCUAGAACUAGCAAAGAGUGCUCCAUUCACGAGACUCAUUGAAGAAUUUGGUUCAUUUGCUGCAGGGUCUCCUGGAGUAUGCAUAGCUUCGGACUUUAAUAUCGACGAACGAGACAUCCUCCUCCAAAAGACAAGAUGGUAUGCCGGCUCUGGCAAUGCCCUGGAACAGAUCUUAAAAGCACAGAACAUCGACACUGUUGUCAUUGUAAGAGACUACCCCAAACUGCACUGCACCGCUAAUCAGGGAAUCCAGUCGGGCCUUAGUCUUUCAGGAGUUGUCAUGAGCACGGUCUACAGGUUGCUGGAAUUUGACUACAACAUCUACGUCAUCUCAGACAAUAUUCUUGAAUUACCUACAAACCAGACAGGCGAGGUCUCGAGGGUGAUGCUGGAUAUACUAUUCCCAAAGCUCAAUGCGAGAGUCAUAUCCAUCGACGAGGCACUGGAAGCAUUAUCACAGAUCUGA